AUGGCUAAGAACUUGCUAAUGGUACUGCUACUCACCCUCCUCAGCCAAGUGUUUUGCCUGCAGUGUAAUACAUGCCACGGAGAAUACAAUUGUGUUGGACAGAACAUGACCUGCGAAGAUUCCUCAGCCAGCUGCACAACUUCAGUCCGAAAGGCACAUGUCUCUUUUCUGGAAUUCCAGACCGUGAGGAAAGGCUGCGCUCGACAGCUCUAUCCAUUUGAAUCUUUUUCCAUGACUUCGCAUCUUGUGACUCUCUCGUACCAAGCAAACUAUUGUGCGGAGGAUGGCUGUAACAACGAGACCUACUUCGUCUCUCAUCCUGCCCCAACCAAUCACAUGCGCUGCCAUACCUGUGCCUCCCAGGGAGCCUGGUGUCCUGAAGCUUCUCGCACUCAGAUCAGCUGUGUUGGGCAUCAGGAGCAAUGUGUGGAUCUUGACAUCACUGGGAAGUUGGGUCCGUAUUCCAACCUCAAGCUGAAAGGCUGCGCCAAUCUCCCCCGGUGUGAGGAUACUUUGAGCUUUUACUCAGGAAGCCAGAUCAUCCACGCCAGCUGCUGCAAUACUCCGCUUUGCAAUACCUUCACUCCAGACUUGCACCUGGAAAGCCAGGCUCCAAACGGAUUGGAGUGCUACAGCUGUGUGGAUGGACAGGGCUCUGGAGGUAGAUGUUCCAACAAGACCAUCUCCAAAGUGAAGUGCACCGGUGUUCGUAACAUGUGCCUGGAAGGAAUUGGCAACAGCCGUAAAGCUGGGGAAGAAGUGAGCUUGGUGACUUUCAAAGGCUGUGCUUCCCCUGCCAUGUGCCAGAGCUCUCUCUUAGAAUUGGUGCAGGAGCUGGAAGAUGCUGACAUCAUCUGUUGCCAAGGGAAUCUCUGCAACAACCGCAUUGUAGACGGCGUGAUCACGGAACCCCGAGACUCUGCUGACAGCCCCGAAAACACUGAGGAUAUAGGAUGUGUCACAUUCGACUCCAAGCCGUCUGAGCCUACACCCAAAUCUGAUUGCUUCGAUUCAGAUGAGAUGGAAGAUCUCAUGGUGUUGGUGGACUCGCCUCCUGGUGAGGGCCCAUCUUCUAGAAACCACACUGAUAAGGAGACUGUCUACAUGGUUGAUGAAAAGAAAGCGAGUGAGAAUUUGGUCAACGAGAGCCAUGUCCGACCUUCGUCCCAUCACGACCAGACCUUCGUAGGUGGAAAACCCUACGAGGAGACUCUUUCUGGAAAUUCUUCUGAAAGCAGAGAAACGUCUUUUUCUACUGGCGAUUCACAUACUGGACAUGGUUCUUCAGGCAGCUCCUUGGCUACCACAAACCUGGAGACAAGCAAUUCGACUUCUGGUUACCCUGGUGGUGUUGCUCUACUGAUCCCAUUCAUUGUUCCCCAGAGAAACAAGACCGCUUCUCCUACGACUCCCUCCCCCAUCCAGACAAGUACCUCCAAAGAAGUUUUGAUAGCUUCUAGCAAUGAUGACAAAUGUGAGACAAAGGAGAAGUGCCUCAGCUCUGGGGGGCACUUCAUAGUCACCAAGGAGAAGGACCAUGAAGGUUCUUCUUCCAGCCACCCUGCAUCUUCUUCUCAUGGAAGCAGGACCCCAGUAAACACUUCCAGCUCUGCUGAAGAUGCUCCCGAUGCUGGCAACUUUCUCAGAGAAGGAAGCAAUCAAGAAUCAGAAUCCUAUUCCUCAUCCACUGAAAACAUACAUAAUGCUUCUGUUUUAGCCAUAGAAGAACAUGGAGCUCCACAUUCUCCUGCCACUAAUACCUCAGAAAGCACCAACAUGGAGCAUGGCUAUGGAACAUCUGGAGGGGACAACUUCAUCGUUGAUAAUAGUAUUCCCGUAUCAACCCCCACCAGCCGUAAUGCAACUUCAGAUGGCCUGGCCAGCAAUGUUCUUCCCAGACUUCCCAUCACAUCUAUAGAUAACAGCUCUUUCAUUGUAGAAGGCAAGUAUGGAGCAAAUGCUUCUUCAGCAGCAAACACCAAGUCCAACUCCAUCCACAAUCCUGGAAUGGGCCUUGUUGUGGCACCUAGUACCUCCCGUCCCAAAACCAAGACUCCGUGCAACCAGACAGGGUGUGAAAACCCAUUUGAAGUGAACCUGGUGACUUCAUUUGGAGCAGCAGAAGAAGAAGCUACGAGGAACGCUAGCACCUCGUUCUUCAGUGAUCCUAAAAGUCCAGAACACAACACAGCGGUAAAAGAGCAACACAACAGUGGAGCUCUCGGCCUCGCCACAAAUUUGGGGCUCUUCUCCCUCACUCUUUUGUUAGCUGCCCUUACUUAGUUUGUCGUGAUGGAGGAGGAAAGCGCAUUCACUUGAAGGGUGACCCAGGUUUAUCCCAACCCGCUUCAAGCAAAGAACACGGGAACUUGGGUGGUUCCCACAUCCACAGCGCUUACAAAAGGUGUAGGGUGAAAUUUGCAAAUGAGGAGCUA